AUUUGCAUGCCCCGCCCCUCGUGGGCGUGUCCGGCCCCGCCAUGGCGGAGCGGGAGGAGCGGCGCUUCGUGGAGCUGCCCCGGGACUCGGUGCGGCUCAUGGCCGAGAGCGCCGGCGUGGAGCUCAGCGACGAGGUGGCCGCGCUGCUGGCCGAGGAUGUGUGCUACCGGCUGCGGGAGGCCACGCAGAACAGCUCCCAGUUCCUCAAGCACACGCGCCGGCGCCGCCUCACCGUGGAGGAUUUCAACCGAGCCCUGCGCUGGAGCAACGUCGAGGCCGUGUGUGGCUGUGGCUCCCAGGACUCGCUGCCGUUCCGGCCGCUCCGGGAGGGGGAUUUGUUCUUCCCCGAGGACCGGGAGGUGAAUCUGGUGGAGCUGGCGCUGGCCACCAACAUCCCCAAGGGCUGUGCCGAGACCACCGUCAGAGUGCACGUGUCCUACCUGGAUGGCAAAGGGAACCUGGAGCCGCAGGGAGCAGUUCCCAGCGCCGUGUCCUCGCUCACCGACGACCUGCUCAAGUAUUACCAGCACGUCACCCGAGCCGUGCUGGGUGACGACCCCCAGCUCAUGAAGGUGGCUUUGCAGGAUCUGCAGAGCAACCCCAAAAUCGCGGCGCUGCUGCCCUACUUCGUCUACGUGGUCAGUGGGGUGAAAUCCGUGAGCCACGACCUGGAGCAGCUGAGCCGGCUGCUGCAGCUGGCCCGGAGCCUCCUGCAGAACCCGUUCCUGUGCCUGGGCUCCUACGUGGGCAGCCUGAUGGGCUCGGUGCUGUACUGCGUGCUCGAGCCGCUCGCCGCCUCCAUCAACCCCCUCAACGACCACUGGACCCUGCGCGACUACGCGGCGCUGCUGCUGGGCCGCAUCUUCUGGAGUCACGGGGAGCUGGUCAGGGGGCUGUACCAGCAGAUCCUGCUCUCGCUCCAGAAGGUUCUGGCAGAUCCGGUGCGGCCGCUCUGCUCCCACUACGGCGCCGUGGUCGGGCUGCACGCGCUGGGCUGGAAGGCCGUGGAGCGGGUGCUGUACCCCCACCUCCCCACGUACUGGCCCAACCUCCAGGCCGUGCUGGACGAUUACUCCGUGUCCAACGCUCAGGUCAAGGCCGAUGGCCACAAAGUCUACGGCGCCAUCUUGGUCGCCGUGGAGCGGCUGCUGAAAGCCAAAGCUCAGCAAGCCCCGGGAUUUGGGGGUCCCGAGGGGUCCCCCCGGCGCAGCCCCCCCGGCCAGGACCCCUCCCCCGAGCUGGGUUUUGCCCGCCCGGUACCGGGGGGUGCCCCCGCUGCUUCCUCCUCCUCCUCCUCCUCCUCCUCCUCGCCGUCGCUGCGGGACAUGUACCGCGAGCUCUACGAUUUUUUCGGGGACAGCCUGGCCGCCCGCUUCGGCACCGGCGCCCCCGCCGAGCCCCCGAGCCCCCCGGGCACGGCCGAGGGGACCCGCAAAGAGCCCCCGGCCGAAGGAGCCGCCCGCAAAAUGCCGCAGCUGACCAACGCCACCGUGAGCCCCAGGGACGAGGAUCCCCCCCCGGCGCGACCCCCGCUGCACCGAGCCCCGGGACCCCCGCCCAGACCCCGCGGGACCCCCCGCACCCCCUCGGGUCACCGGCCCGGGGCUCGGGACGUGUUCCAGAAAUGUCGCUUCGCCCCUCGGGGACCUCCCCGCUUCAGUUUUGUGAUCGCGGGGCGUCAGACCGGGCGGCGCUGCCCCGGGCGCCGCUUCCAGACGAGUUUCCCGCAGCCGCCCGGGGCCGCGCUGGGCUCCCGGUACGCGCAGCGCCUGCCCAUGAUCGGCCGGACCGGGCGGGCCCCGCGCCGCUGGCCGCGGGCGGAAUACUCGCUGCUGCUGCUGCUGUGAGCGGGCACGGACCGGGGACACGGGGAGGGGGUGAAGUGGUCAAUAAAGAGGGUUUGGUGGUCAGUGAAUGGCCUGGAGUGGGCAGUGAGGGGUGGGGAGUGGUCACUAAAUGUGUGUGGGGGUCAGUGAGGGAUGGGGAGAGGCUGUGGUGGGCAGUGGGUGGCGUGAAGUGGUCAAUAAAGAGGGUUUGGUGGUCAGUGAGUGGCAAAUAAAGGUGACCAGUGGUCAGUGAAUGGUCAAUAAAAGGUGACCAGUGGUCACUCGGGUAUUGAGUGGCCAGUGAAUGGGUUUGGUGGUCAGUGAACGGUCAAUAAAAGAUGACCAGUAGUCAGUGAAUGGCCAAUAAAGGUGACCAGGGGUCAUUGAAUGGUCAAUAAA